AUGGAGUUCCCAUUUCUCUCCUUCCCAAUUCUUUUCCCAUUCCUUCUCUUUCUGUUCAUGCUAUUCAAAAUAGUAUCUAAAACCAGGAUCAGUUCAACUCCAAAACUGCCUCCUGGUCCAUGGAAGCUACCUCUAAUAGGAAACGUUCACCAAUUUGUUGGAUCUCUACCCCAUCACUGCCUAAGAGAUUUGGCCAUGAAACAUGGACCUCUGAUGCACCUGCAACUUGGACAACUUUCUAUUUUUGUCGUUUCUUCAGCAGAAAUUGCCAAGGAGGUGAUGAAAACACAUGACAUUGUCUUUGCGAGCAGGCCUUUUCUUCUUGCUGUAAGUAUACUAUCUGAGAAUGACAUUGCCUUUGCACCUUAUGGGGAUUAUUGGAGACAACUUCGAAAAAUUUGCAUACUGGAGCUUUUAAGUGCCAAACGUGUCCAAUCAUUCCGACCCAUCAGGGAAGAAGAGACCUCUAAUUUCAUCAAAUCUAUUGCGGCGCAUUCAGGAUCUUUGAUCAAUCUCGAUGAAAAGGUUUUCUCGUUGACAUACAAUGUCACUGCAAAGGCGGCCGCUGGUAAGAAAUUCCUUGAGCAAGAAGAAUUCAUAUCACUUGUAAAGGAAGCCGUAGAUAUAGGGGGAGGUUUCACUGUUGCGGAUCUCUUUCCUUCAGUUAAAUUUCUUGCUUUGAUAAGUGGGCUGAGGCCUAAACUUGAAAAGAUUCAUCAAAAAAUUGAUAGGAUAUUUACCAACAUCAUUGAUGAACAUAAAGCUAGGAAGGUGGCAACACAGACCGGUGAUGGUGAAGCUGAUCACGAAGACCUGAUAGAUGUUCUUCUAAAAGUUCAAGAGAAGGAUGACCUUGAGAUCCCCUUAACAAUGAGAAACCUCAAGUCAGUUCUCAUGGACAUCUUCAGUGGCGGGAUUGAGUCAUCAUCUACAACUUUAAGCUGGGCAAUGUCAGAAUUGAUGAAAAACCCAAGAGUUAUGGAAAAGGCACAAGCCGAGGUGAGAGAGUUUUUAAGUAAAAAAGGAAGUAUUGUCAAUGAAGACGAUCUCUAUGAAUUGAGUUACUUAAAGUUGGUUAUCACAGAAACUCUGAGAUUACACCCUCCUUUCCCUCUAUUAAUUCCGAGAGAGAGCAGAGAGAGAUGUGAAAUCAAUGGAUAUGAGAUACCUACGAAAAGCCAAGUCAUUGUCAAUGCAUGGGCAAUUAGUAGAGAUCCUGAAAAUUGGACUGAUCUAGAGAGCUUUCAUCCAGAGAGAUUCCUUGAUAGUUCAAUUGAUUACAAGGGGACUUAUUUUCAAUUUAUACCAUUUGGUGCUGGAAGGAGAAUAUGUCCUGGCAUGUCGUUCGGAAUAGUUAAUGUUGAGCUUCCACUUGCAAAUUUAUUGUAUCACUUUGACUGGAAACUUCCCGAGGGAGAGAAGCAAGAAGAUCUAGACAUGACUGAGACCUUUGGUGCAGCAGUUAGCAGGAAAAGAGAUCUGUGUGUGAUUCCUAUUGCUUAUUAUCCAUUAACUGGUGAAUCAGAUAUUAAGAAAAGGUAGUAGAAAUAAUUGUUUGGUCACUUUAAAUUGGUCAGAAGUGAUUGCCAAAGUCUAUAUGGUCUGUAUUGAUUGCCAGAAAGCUAAACUGGUAGGUUGACACAUUUUUUCAAUAUUAUAUAUUUCGAAGAGCUCGUUUUCAAAAAAAUUAUUAGCAUCGCUUUUAAGGUACGCUUUUUUUUUUUUUAGACGAAUGCCAUCGUUUAAGCACCACAAUCGUGUUUUCAGGAUUGUUGAAUAUUUUAUAUUUUUUGUUAGAAGUCUAAACGGACUCGAAUUAUUCUGGUAUUUAGUAUUAUUUAGGUGUUACAUUUCAUAUUAUAUUUAGUUGAAUUUUGGGCUUAUUUAUAGCCUU